UGUGGACAGUCCUUAUCCUCGUUGCUUCCUUGAACGUGCACGGUCGCGACUUCCAUCUCUUUGGGCCGUGGAAAGGGUGACGACUCCAAUUUGCCCGUCCUUUUUUUCGAUGGACAAGCAGCUACAGCAUCCAUAACCACUUCCACUUCCACCUUCGCACUCGACGUCCAGCAUCGCUCGUUUGGAACACGCAAGCCUACCACCCGUAAACACACCCUCGCCCUCGCCUUCCGACGCGGGUGCACCCUCCUCAAAAUCCUACCACGCCUCCAGCCAAGGGCCACCUUGGUCUCUUCCUCCCGCCCUCGAACGACGAGCCUUGAGAUAUCUCUCUUGGUCUCUGCCUCAUUCUGCCUCCCAGAUGCUGAGCUCUACUAGCUAAUCCAGCAAACACCCACGCUUUCUGUCGCUUCCUCACCCUGUCGUCACUCCUUUCCCCCGUUCUCUCGACUCGCUUAGUUUCCAGAUCCCCAACAAGUGCUGCUGCUUCACCCUGAGUCAACUGCCAAUCCAGCCCAGCGCAGCAGCUGUACACGCUUUCAACUUGUCGCCAUGGCUUCCGUUGGCAGCAUGUUCAAGGACUUUUGGCAAGCACUCGUCUCCAACGACAGGCAUGCUUCACACGACUCGCCUUAUCGGACAGGCCAGCAUGUCCCUUUACCCCAGAGCCGUCAUGCCCCCCUCACAUCAAUUGCAACCAGCGCCAUUGAAUCGAGAACCGACCUCCAUGAAGCCAUUCCGCAAUCGUCCUCCGCCUCCGUGAACGGCCACACCUCUCCCAACAAUGGUCGGAUGUCACCCAGCUCUCCAUAUUCGCCCGGCAUGCGCUCCGCCAUGCGCCGCCAGUCGUCGGAACGGUCCUCCACUCGGGGCUCAAUUGAGAAACAGCCAGCGACCGAGAUCCAGAUGCAGAAUUUCAACGACGGCCUGCCUCCGCCGCCGCCCGUAGCACACUCGUGGAAACGCAUUGACCGAUGGGUGCGCGAUAAUUACGCCGAGCUUUACGAAAACCUUUGUGAGGGCGCUACCAAUAACGACAUCAACGAGCUCGAGCACCAGCUUGACUGCACGCUGCCCUUGGAUGUUAGGGAGUCGCUCAUGGUACAUGAUGGGCAGGAACAUGGUGGUCGGCCCACGGGUAUCUUCUUUGGCUGCAUGCUGCUCGACUGUGAGGAGAUCUACGAUGAGUGGUGCAACUGGCGUGCUGUGAAUGAGCAGUAUCUCGCCCAGAGGGCUGAGGACAUGCUUCCCGCAGCGAUUCCCGUCAAAGCUUUUGCGGGCGCCUCGUCGAGCAGUUCGUCCGUCGUGCCCACGAUCGAGCGCCAGAGCGCCAGCGGUGCGUUAUGGCGAGAGCAGCUACAGGAGCGCCAGCAAUCGCAACCCCCCAACGCUGUACAGCGCGUCUACACACACCCCGCAUGGAUCCCGCUCGCCCGCGACUGGGGCGGAAAUCUGAUCGCUGUUGACCUGGCACCGGGACCCAUGGGCAAAUGGGGACAGGUUAUCCUGUGUGGCCGUGAUUAUGACACCAAGUUCGUCGUGGCCCGUUCGUGGGCCGUCUUCCUCGCAAACGUGGCCGACGACUUUAGCGCAGGUGAUAAGAUCAUCGUCGAUGAGGAGAACAACGAGCUGCGGUUCAAACCGUUCAAGAACGCUGACCCGCCCUACAUGGAGAUUCUCCGCUGGCGCUGCGAUCAGAAGUACGGGCGUCGGCCCAGCACCCAAGCACGGCGUGGCCCAGGGCGCGGCGGCCUGAAGAUCAACUCCAGUGUCGGCAGCGGUGCUUUUAUGUCAGAUUCUUCACCAUACGCUAGCCCCAUCUCGGCCACAUCCGACAAGGAACGCGGGCGCUCACCUCACCGAUUUGGUGGGAAGGCACCUGUUGGCUCAAGCCCCCUGCGACCUAUGAUCUCAAGUCCGCUUGCCAGGGUGACCGAAGAAGCGUCUUCUCCUCUCACAAUCGAGACGAACUCGGAGACACUAAAGCAGGCAACUCCACCCAAUCCAGUCGAUAGCAAGCUUGUCUCUGUAGACACACCUCGGCAAAGUGGUGAGCUGCCUGAAGCAACCUCGACAUCAGCUCCGGAGGCGAACGGAACUUUGACUGCAAAAAACAAAGAGAAUGAGAGCGUUGGUACGAAGUCAGCUGCGGAUAAUACUAGCGAGAAGGCAUCCGCCGCCUCGGAACGUAAAACGAGCAAGGUUGACUCGGGCAUUGGCGACAUGGGUGAUAUGAAGACGGUAGAAAUAUAACACGCAACUGGUCGCUGGUCCGACGAUGGGGACGCUGGCAGGCAUCAAUAAGAACACCACACAAAGCACGAACAUGCGAACGAAACGUAAACGCACACAUAUACACGCACUCUAGUAUAUGCAUGUGCGCUAAAUACACAGCAAGCACACUACCUACAUACACCUUUGUAAUAACGGCAUCCAGCUUGGCGUCAUUCUUCUAUCUCGCCCUCUUGAUUUUAUUCCUCCAUUCGUUCUGCGAACCACGACGCAGCUACCGUAAUCGGCAAUUGUCGCCUCUAUUCGAUUCAAUUGAGUCUCAUUGUCAAUCACCACGCGAGCAAGCCGAGCGAAUGGUGCCUGUACCAGUAUUGGAUAUAGUGUUUUGUAUCUUCCUCUCCUGCUCUCAUAGACAAGUGAUUGGCGGGCGCAGUUGCUUUUAUUCUCGGGCCGGUUGCGCGGGCAUACCGCGGGCGUUUUGAUCUCUUUUUAACCAUUGUCAUUCACACCACACGGCAGCAUAUGUGGCUAGUCCGGGCGAGCACAGCGGCGGCGCAGAAGUUGAGCCUAUGAGCAGUCAUGUUUAUGCGUAUACAAUUCGCCGGUUUCUUAGGGCAUUAGAAGAGUUUGAGACUGGCGAAUGGACUUGGGAAGCAGAGCGCGGCAGGAGAGCUUUAUAAAGACUGGUAGGCUUCGCUGAGCUUUGAUAAUGUACUACUAAGAGGGCAGAUGUAAAGUACGACGGAAGCGAGAAUGGAUGAUAACACACUUUGGUAGCACAUUUCUUGACUUCUUUGUUACUUCGUAACUCGCCUCUGAAC